UAGCGGUUGUUUUACGAAGCUGACGCUCGACUUCGUACUCACGGUAUCUCUUCUUUCCUGAGCAUACUCUGGUCAGUUGGUUCCGUGCCCCAAAACGUACGAUAGCAUGGGUUUCUUCGCUGUACUUGCUCUCUGCACACUUGCUGUUGCAAAUGGCUUUGAAUCACCACCUUUUGAGGAAGAUCCUCGAUUCGCCUGGUGGCAAGACGUCAAAGCCAUGACCAGCAUAAGAGAGAGGCUGUACAUCGUGUCUCGCAACUACAAUAUCACCACCAGAAAUCGGUGCCACUCGGCGAUAAAAACGGCAGCUCUUCGCCACGACACAAUCGUGGUUGCCCUACGAACACACCUCGGAGGUGUCGACGGCCCUCCGGUAGAAUUCAAGAGUGUGUUUACGACUUCAAGAACUGGAGCACACAGGAGAGAUAACGCAGUAACCUACAAGCUUCAUCCACGUUUCUAUCCGGUACAACGCAAGCUGAUGUACAUUGAUGACUACAGAAGGUGUCUAAUCCUGGUUGAAAGGAUCGGAUAUAAUGGAAGAGGUUGCCAGUUGCUGAUGACGGAAAGUGCCGUGGACUACCCUGUUCCCAAGUUUUGUAUGCUUCUCUACCACCACUACUGUCCCGGUCCCAAGGUUCUGCUGUAUCAGCCUGAUUGCAAGAUUCAAGAUGCAUUCCUUGCACACAAGACGAGCGCUGGACGUCAAAUUCAGUACUGAACGAUGAGUAUACAAAACAAAUUACUGAAAACUAUGCACUAUAAGCAUUAAAAGCGUUACUCGCA